AUGUUAAAAUUUGUUAGCAUAUUGCUGCUGACAUUGGUGUUAGUGAAAUCAACAGAAAUUCAUGGAACCAUCAAUGUGAAAGUUAUAUUACCGAAUUAAAUUUACUCAUAGGAAUCAAGUGAAGAACUUGAUAAUGCAUAUAGAUAGGAUGAAUUACUAGAAAAUAAAGUAAUGAAAGAUGUUGCUAUGUAUAAAUGCAUUCUAUUCAGCUUAGAAGUUUUCUUGAAACAGGUAGGUCUAUAGAAGUGAACGAAAUAAAGGAUUAAUCCAUUGAAAUUUGGUAACAAAAAUCAUUAGAAAUUGAAUAACAACCACUUAUCAAAGCUGAAGAUUCAAAUGAAAAUACUUAAAAUACUUAAGUCUAAUCUAAUUAAGUAAAUAAAGAAUCAGAAAGCUAAUAAAAGAAAAUGUCAAUUAAAGUACAGAAAAAAGACAAUAUAUCAAUUGAGUAAUCAGCUAAUGAUAUUAUCACCAAUUCAAAUAAUGAUGUUCAAGCUAAAGAUAAUACAAAUUAAACAGACUUAUAAAAUGAAAAUACAUAAAAAAAGUUUUCGGUUUCUGUAAGUAAAAUACACAAACCAGAUGACACUAAUGUUGAUUAAUAAAAAUAAGAUAUAUAAGAACUAUAAGAUACUAAUUAAGAGAUUUAAUAAUAAAAAGUCUAAAAUACAUUAAUAGCAAAUAACGAUACAGAAGUAUAAACUUAAGAAAAUACUGAAAUUAUAUAAAACGUUUAAGAAGUUGCUGAAAAUUAAAUUGAGACUUAGAAUACAGAUGUAAAUAAAUAGGUUGAUUCAUCUGAACAACAAUUAAAAAUUGAAUAGAAUUAAGAUGAAAUCUCAACUUAGACUCAAAAUUAAAUUGAUACUUAAGCAGAAUCUAUUGAAAAUUAAAAUGAUUUAAGUAUUUCAUCCUUUGAUAUUGAAUAUUCAGAAUCACAAUAAUAAAAUGAGAAUAUAGUAUAAAAAGAAUCUACUGAAAUAGUUUCUUAAGAAAAAUAAGAAUUAAAUACAUUGAAUGAUAAUAAUGUUAAUAAAAUAUCUGUUGAAAACAAUUAAGAACAAAUUAAGUUAUCAAAUAAUGAUAAUUCAUAAAAUGAAAUUGUGAUUUAAGAUAUUAAAAUAGAACCUUAACCAAUUUUAUAGAGUGAAGAUAACAUUUAAUAAACUGAUAAUCUUAAAGUUGAUGAUUCAGAUAUUGUAGUCAAAACAGAUCAAGAAGUAAAGGUUAUACCUAUAGAAUCUGAUUCAAAAAAUUCAGAUUAAGGAGAAGAAGAUGCAACUCCAGCUGAUUCAACUGAUGAAUAGCCUUAGAAUAACCCAGAAACAUAAUAAUAAUAAAAUUAAAGUCAAAAGACUUAAGCUACUGAUGUUGAUUAAUAGGAUUAACCUAUUGAAGAAAAUACAUAAUGCGAUGGUGAAGAAUUAGAUACAGUGCAUGCAUAAGAAAAUCAUAAUGAAGCUUAAGUUAAUACAGAAGCUUAAGAAAAUAAAGAAUAAAAUCCUUAAGAGAACACAGAUAUGAAAGUAGAUGUUAAAACAGAUGUUUAAACAGAGGUUAAAGCAGAUGUUAAUACAGAUAUUUAAUCAGAAGUUAAAGUAGAUGUUUAAUCAGAGGCUAAAGUAGAUGCUAAAUCGGAAGUUAAAUCAGAAGUUAAAUCAGAUGUUUAAUCAGAAUUUAAAUCAGAUGUUAAAUCAGAAGUUAAAAUAGAUGUUAAAUCAGAAGUUAAAACAGAUGCUAAAACAGAUGUUUAAAAUAAAAUUGAAAAAUAAUAAUAAUAAUAAUAAUCAGUGAAUUAAGAGAAAAAUAAGAAAGGUGAAUAAUAAUAAAAAUAAUCUGAAGCACCAGAUUUUAUGAUUAAAAAGAAUUAAUUAACUAAGAAAAUGAAGGAAGUCAUUAAUGAUAUGAAAGAAUCAGAAAAAGCUCCUUAAAAUAAAUUAUAUAGUUUGAAUGUUUCAAAUUUAGAUCCAGAUGAUGUAAUAGUAAUAAAAGACACUUCAUAUUUUGAUACAGAUGCUGAAAUAUCAGUAUAAGAAAUAAAGAAUCCAGAAUAAUAAUUAAUUGGAGAAGUAGUAAAAGUUGAAGCUGAAGUUGAGAAAGUUGAUCUAAGUAUAUUUUCUGAUGAUAGUUCUGAUUUAAUUCCAAUAAUUGUUGAAGAUACAGAUAAUAAUAUGUAAAGUGAAAUCAUAACAGAUGCAAUUAAGGAUGUUACAGAAAAAGAAAUUGGAAUAAUCUAAGAUUAAAAUUUGGGAGAAGCUGCUGUUGAUGUUUAAUCCUUGAUUUCUGAUUAAGUCGAAAUUAAUGGUAAUUAAAUAACUAAGAAUAACAUAGCUUAAAAUGACUAUACAUUGGAUUAUGAUUAAUUGGAAACUGAUGUUAUUUUAAAUAAGAGUUUAAAUAAUGAUGGAACUACUUUUGAUCAAUUCCAAUCAUAAUUGGAUGAAUUAGCAAAAGAACUUGAUAAUCUAAGUCUAGAUUAACCUAUUUUAGAAGAACCAUAAGUUAUUGAUACACAAUAAAAUGAAAUUUCAAAGGAGGAUCAAUAAUAUUUAACAAUUGUUACUAAUAAUGAUUCUAUUAUUGAUAAUGCUGUUUCUGAUGAUGAUUACUAUUUAGAUGACUUAGAUAAUGAAUUAGAUUAAAUUAUUUAAGAAUAGACAAAUGUCAAAUCUGAACCUGUUGUUUAAGAAUAAGUAAUUGAAUAAAGUAAAGAUAUUUAAUAAAAUGAUGAUAUUUAAUAAAGCAAUUAAAUUGAAUAAAAUAAUGAAGUUUAAGAUUAAGUUUAAUAAUAAACAAUUGAAUCUAAUUAAAAUAUGGAAACAGAUGAGAAUUAUGAUAAUUAUAGUGAAGAUUAUUAUUAAAUUGAUAAUCAAAAUGAAUAAGAAUAAUCAUAAGAUUAAAUUGAUUAAUCUUAAAUUGAGUCUUCUUCAACUAAUUAAUCUUAAAACUUAUAAGAUGAAAUUUAAUAAGAAGAUUUACAAUUAGAAAAUGAAGAAAUAUUUGAAAGUUAAGUUUAAUCUAAUGAUGAAGCUGUUAUAAGUGAUGGAGUUAUUGUUGAUACUGGUGAUUCUUAUUCUAAUUAUGAUUAAGAAUCUGAUAUAAAUAAAGAUUAUGAUCUAUAAUUUGAAGAUGAAUCUUAGAAGUAGGAAUCUACUAUAGAAUAAAAAUAAGAGUAAAUACCACAAAAUGUAGAAGUUAAUCAAGAAGUUAAAAUUGAUAAUUCAAAUUAAUAAGAGACAGUAGUCUAAAAUUAAAUAGAUAAUUAAGUUGAGAAUUAAAUAAAUGAAAAUUCAGUUGUAGAUUAAUAAGACAAUUAAGUAGUUGUUGAAUAAAAUAAUUAAGUUGUAGAUACUAAAGUAGUUGUUUAAUAAGAAGAUAUUAAAGUAAAUGAUUAAUAAGAAGAUAUUAAAGUAAAUGAUUAAUAAGAAGAUAUUAAAGUAAAUGAUUAAUAAGAAGAUAUUAAAGUAAAUGAUUAAUAAGAAGAUAUUAAAGUAAAUGAUUAAUAAGAAGAUAUUAAAGUAAAUGAUUAAUAAGAAGAUAUUAAAGUAAAUGAUUAAUAAGAAGAUAUUAAAGUAAAUGAUUAAUAAGAAGAUAUUAAAGUAAAUGAUUAAUAAGAAGAUAUUAAAGUAAAUGAUUAAUAAGAAGAUAUUAAAGUAAAUGAUUAAUAAGAAGAUAUUAAAGUAAAUGAUUAAUAAGAAGAUAUUAAAGUAAAUGAUUAAUAAGAAGAUAUUAAAGUAAAUGAUUAAUAAGAAGAUAUUAAAGUAAAUGAUUAAUAAGAAGAUAUUAAAGUAAAUGAUUAAUAAGAAGAUAUUAAAGUAAAUGAUUAAUAAGAAGAUAUUAAAGUAAAUGAUUAAUAAGAAGAUAUUAAAGUAAAUGAUUAAUAAGAAGAUAUUAAAGUAAAUGAUUAAUAAGAAGAUAUUAAAGUAAAUGAUUAAUAAGAAGAUAUUAAAGUAAAUGAUUAAUAAGAAGAUAUUAAAGUAAAUGAUUAAUAAGAAGAUAUUAAAGUAAAUGAUUAAUAAGAAGAUAUUAAAGUAAAUGAUUAAUAAGAAGAUAUUAAAGUAAAUGAUUAAUAAGAAGAUAUUAAAGUAAAUGAUUAAUAAGAAGAUAUUAAAGUAAAUGAUUAAUAAGAAGAUAUUAAAGUAAAUGAUUAAUAAGAAGAUAUUAAAGUAAAUGAUUAAUAAGAAGAUAUUAAAGUAAAUGAUUAAUAAGAAGAUAUUAAAGUAAAUGAUUAAUAAGAAGAUAUUAAAGUAAAUGAUUAAUAAGAAGAUAUUAAAGUAAAUGAUUAAUAAGAAGAUAUUAAAGUAAAUGAUUAAUAAGAAGAUAUUAAAGUAAAUGAUUAAUAAGAAGAUAUUAAAGUAAAUGAUUAAUAAGAAGAUAUUAAAGUAAAUGAUUAAUAAGAAGAUAUUAAAGUAAAUGAUUAAUAAGAAGAUAUUAAAGUAAAUGAUUAAUAAGAAGAUAUUAAAGUAAAUGAUUAAUAAGAAGAUAUUAAAGUAAAUGAUUAAUAAGAAGAUAUUAAAGUAAAUGAUUAAUAAGAAGAUAUUAAAGUAAAUGAUUAAUAAGAAGAUAUUAAAGUAAAUGAUUAAUAAGAAGAUAUUAAAGUAAAUGAUUAAUAAGAAGAUAUUAAAGUAAAUGAUUAAUAAGAAGAUAUUAAAGUAAAUGAUUAAUAAGAAGAUAUUAAAGUAAAUGAUUAAUAAGAAGAUAAUUAAAAAAUUUAAUAAUAAUCGGAUAAUAAUACUAAUGAUACAUAAAAAUAAAUUGAAUCUUAAUAAGAAAGUGUUACUAAAUCAGAAAUGGAUAUUUAAUCUACUCAAUAACCAGAAUAGUAAAUCCAAUAAGAAAUUCAAUAAUAAGUUGAUGAACAAGAUAAUGAAAUUACUUUAGAAAAUACUAAUGCAAUAGAGGAUAUUAAGAUUGAUGAUUUACCUUAAAUUGAAAUCAAGAAGAAAUAAUUGGUGAAAAAAGAAAUUUCAAUAAAAGAAAAGGUUGAAGUUGAAAAUAUUAUUACAAAUGAUGAUAUAAAUGGAGAAGGAACAGUUCAAGAAGACAACAUUGAGGUUUUCUAUAAUGAUUCUUAAAUUGCUGAUACUGAAUCUGAUAAUAAUUUAGCAGCUUAAUCUGAAGCAGAAGUUAUUGAGAAUCUUGAGGACUUAUAAGAUUGUAUUGAAAAUGAUGAGGAUGAACAUACUGUAGAAAAUAAGGGAGAUGUUACUAAGGAGAAGAAUGAAAAGAAAGAUAUGCAUCAUUCUAUUAAAGUGAGUAAGGAAGAGAAAAAAUAAAAUGAAUAAUAGGAUAAAUCUUUAAAGAUUGAAUAAAGUGAAAAAUAAACUAAAUUUGAAGAAUAAUUACAUUAAUAAAUUAUCAAUAAAAAGUAAAAAGAGAAAUAAUAAAUGAGUCAUGAUGAAUAAUUUGAUUAGAUUGUAAAUGAAUUAGUUCAUGAAUUGGAAGCAUCAACUAAUAAGAGAGUUGAAACAAGAGAACAAGAAUAAUAAAUAUAUUAGGAUAUUAAAAAAAAUGUAGAAGAACUUAGAUAAAUACAUAAUAGUGAUGAUGUUAUUAUUAAGAAGAGGAUUGAUGUAGUUGAAUAAGAAGUAGAAACAGAUGAAAGAAGUAAGGAUAAAGAAUUCCAAUAGAAAAUUGAAGAAUUAUUGAGAAAUUAAAAGACUUAAACUGUUUCAAAUAAUAAAAUUAAUGAUGGUGAAAGAUAUUAUUUGGAUAAACCUGUUAAUUAAGCAGUUAGUGAUUAUGAAAAAGAAUUGAAUUAAAGAAAAUAGGAAGUUAUGGAAAAGAUUAAAAAUGAUUUAUAAAUUAAAAAAGGUAGAUUUUCAUAGGACAACUAGAAAUCAGAUAAUUUAACUCCUUAUGAAUUUGAAAGAAUUUAUUUGGAUUGGACUCAAAAUAAAAAUGAUAUAAUUUCUAGUAUGUUAUCUCAUGCAUCAGGUUCAGAAAUUUAAUUGGAAUCAUCAAUCUCAGAGGAACCAGUGAUCAAAGUUGAAAGAGUAUCUAAAAAAUAAGAAGUUGAAUAAGAAAUCCAAGAAUUAUUCUCAAGUUAUAAAACAAAUAAAAAUUAAUAAAAGAGAACAGGAGGUAUUAUUAUUAAUUAAUUAUAUUUAGAUUCAAAUUUAGAUCAAUAUGAAACAAGUUUUUUGGCAGUCAAUCAAAAAGUUAAAAAAUCAAAGAAUUUGAGAGGAAAUAAAUUAUGAU